UGGUCAGAGCUGGGCUGGGCGACCCUCGCUUCCCCACAGCACAGGAGUGGGCAGGGCUGCGCCUUUGCCGUUGCCUGCUCGUUGCGGCAGGGCGAGGCCACGCCGGGGCUGGCUUCCAGGCUGCCGGGAGCUGUAGUUCCCUGUGCCCGCGGCCGCAGGCAGCGCUCGGCGUGCGGUGACAGGCCUCUCGGCGUGAACUACAAAUCCCAGUAGCACUGCCUGCAGGGAAGCUUUGCUGUAAACAGAAUGAAUCCGGGCCAGACCCCGGGGGACCCACAGCAGCCAUUUGGAGGAAGUCAGGGAAGAUCGGAGCCCGCGACCGUGGCGGAAGGCGGAGGGGAAGGACAGCCGCCGCCCCACGCUCUCCCCGGAGCUGAUGUCCUCUCCCCUCGCCGGGCGGCCCCGAGGGGAGCAAUGUCUGCAGGGGGAGCACCCCAGCCUGCCCACGCCCUGAACCUGCUCCCUUACCCCAGGCUGAGCGAGGGGCCGAGAGCCGGACACGAGCUGGAUGCUGUCAGCGCGGAGAUCCCGUCCGACCCCUGCACAGGCUACAGAUUUUUCAAGCCCGGUGGUUUGUUCGGUAUUAAACAGUCGGAGGAGCCGUACGCCGAAGGCCAACAGAUGCAGGAGGAGAGCAAGAUCCUCGUGAGCCCCUGUGCGGUUGAGCCCGGUCGAGUGAAUAAAGUCGAACAGCCCGAGGAGAAACCCGGGGGAGCUGCCGGCUCCUUGGAGCUGUAUCCUGCAGCCGCCAGCAGUUCCAGCCGCUGGUUUCAUGGUGGGCAGCGUGCACCCGAGCGGGCGGGCAUGGAGAGAGACGGCACCGCCGGCCUCAGCCCGCUGUCCACCCGAGUGGCCUGCUGGGUGCCGCAGCUCGGCGCCGGCCCUUUCCGCUGCGCCCAGUGCGGGAAAGGUUUCCGUCAGAAGCAAAGCCUCAUCACGCAUGAGAGGAUCCACACCGGAGAGAAACCCUACAGGUGCGGGGACUGCGGGAAGAGCUUCAGCCAGCGGCCCAACCUCCUGACCCACCGCCGCGUACACACGGGGGAGCGCCCCUUCCCCUGUGCCCAAUGCGGCAAGAGCUUCAGCCAGAAGGCCAACCUCCUGGCCCACCAGCGGAUCCACGCUGCUGGGGAAAAGGCGCUGGCUGGGGGUGAGCAGGAGGACGGCACUUCCAGCAAGCCGAAGCUGCGAUCCCAGCAGAGGAAUUACCAGGAGGACACCCCCUUCGUCUGCCCCGAGUGCGGGAAGAGCUUCCGACAGAAGCCCAACCUCAUCACCCACCGGAGGAUCCACACCGGGGAGCGUCCCUUCACCUGCUUCCUCUGCGGCAGGAGCUUCAACCAGAAGACCAACCUGGUGACCCACUACCGCGUGCACACGGGGGAGCGCCCCUUCGCCUGCACCCAGUGCGGCAAGCGCUUCACCCAGAAAACCAACCUGGUGACGCACCAGAGCACCCACACGGACCUCCGUCCCUAUCCCUGCGGGCAGUGCCAGAAAUGCUUCAAGGACAAAGUCUCCCUCAAAGCCCAUCAGAAGACUCACGCCCCGCGCCAGCGGCGCUGCCCGGGCCGCAGCCCGGCCACCGGCCUGCCCUACGGGGCUGCGCCCACCCUGCUCCAGCCCGGGGGUCCCGAGCCAGAGGCCCCCUUCAGCCCCAUGCCAACGCUGCCCGUUCAGAAGAUCGCUGAGGGCCAAGAGCUGUACUCGUGUACAGAGAAGAGCUUUCCCCCCAAGGAGCCGCUCCUGCCGCACCAGCAAGCCCCCCUGGGUGAGCAGACCUUCCCCUGCGUCCAGUGCGGGGAGGGGUUUUGCCAGAAGGUGACUCUCCUCCGUCCACAGCACAGCCCUGCCACCGAGGCUCCCGGCGGGUGCGCGGCAGCCUUCAGCCACAGCCCGCACCUUCUGGGGCACCUGGGGGUGCAGCCUGUCCUUGGGGAUGCGACCCCCCCCAGCUCCCCCAGCCCCCGGGGUGGAGAAGCCCUUCAUCUCUCCGGUGAUGAGCUGUCCCCCAAAGCUUCCCAGGAGAAGCAGGUGGAGGGGAGGGCCUGGGUGUGCCCCGAGUGCGGGCGAAGCUUUGCCCAAUACGAGCGUUUGGUAAAGCACCGGCAAAACCACCGGGGCAGAGGGCCCUACCGCUGCGAUGUCUGCGGGAAGAGGUUCAGCCUGAAGACCAACUUGGUGACCCACCAGCGCAUCCACACCGGCGAGCGUCCCUUCACCUGCGGCGUCUGCGGCCGGCGCUUCAACCAGAAGGGGAAUCUGGUGACCCACUACCGCACGCACACGGGGGAACGCCCCUUUGCCUGCCCCCAGUGCGGCAAGCGCUUCGCUCAGAAGCCCAACCUCAUCGCCCACCAGAAGACCCACACCGGCAGGCAGCCCUUCACGUGCCUGGAGUGUCCCAAGCGCUUCAAGAGCAAGCUCUCCCUACGGGUCCACCAGCGAGUGCAUGCAGCGGAGAGACCCCAGAGCGAGCCGGGCCAGGCCCCUGGCCUGCAGACCCACCCCGGCAGCCCCUAUCCCUGCUCGCUCUGCGGGGAGACCUUCGAGGAGCACGGGGAGCUGCAGCUGCACCGGCAGGGCCACGCCGGGGAGCGGCCGCACGCCUGCGCCGAGUGCGGGAAGCGAUUCCGGCAGAAGGUGAAUCUGGCCGUUCACCAGAGGACCCACACUGGUGAGCGGCCGUUUCGCUGCGCCGAGUGCGGGAAGGGCUUCAGCCAGAAGGCUCACCUCCUCCGGCACCGCAGGACGCACACCGGCGGCAUCCCGCCCUCCUGCUGCGAGGGGACGUGCCCGGCGCACCCAGAGGAGUCAGACGGGAGCAGCACACCCCUGGGAAAGGGGACUGACCCCCCCAGCAUGCUGCUGCCCCCCUGCUCUCGUGGAGCUGCUCACGGAUCGCUGGCUCGGGAGGAGCUUCGGCCAGGAACGCAGCCCCCCAACAGACCGGAGAGCCCCUCCGGGGCAGCAGACAUCCUCCUGCAGCUGAUGCAGGAAGACCACCACCUCGUGUCUGGCUCCCACCACCCACAGGAGGGACCCGCAGGGCAGUGCCCCUGUAAGUGCACCGAGGGAGGGGAAGGCUUGAGCCCGAAGCCGCCGAGCCUGCCACCGCAGUGCUGCUGUGCUGACUGCGUGAGCCAGCGGCAGCUGCUCCUGAAGCCCCAGCCCGACUGCCGAGCGGAGCUCUGGUGCAAGUAUGGUGGCUGCGGCAGAAGCUUUGAGGAGAAACGAGUCCUGAGAGUGCCUGAGAGAGCGCACGCCAAACGCAGCAGGAUCCGGCCUGUGGCUUCCCUGGGGGUAGAGCAGAGGAGCUGGGUGAGCACCGUGAAAACGGGAAACAGCCGGGAAGACAGCCUGGAAGCGUCUUGGCUCACCUCUGCUUCCAAAGGGGACCCGGGAGAAGCGUCUCCUCCGAACCUGGAGGAGCUGUGCAGGGCCGGGCAGCGGGCGCCCAUGACGGACCUGGCUUCGCCCGCGGGCGAGAACCCCUUCGCCUUCCCGGGCGGCGAGGAGGGCCUGGGGGAUGAGAAGGCGCUGGUGAUCCACAGCCAGGUGGAGGAGGAGGCGGAGAAGGAGUUCAAGUGCAUCCUCUGCGGGGAAUGCUUCGGCCAGCAGCCCAGCCUCGCCCGGCACCAGAAGCACCACGCCGGGGAACGCACCUUCAUCUGCGCCGAGUGCGGCAAAGCCUUCAGCCUCAAGCACAACCUCAUCAUCCACCAACGCAUCCACACCGGGGAGCGUCCCUACCAGUGUGGCGUCUGCCAGAAGAGCUUCAGCCUCAAGCAGAACCUGCUCACCCACCAGCGCAUCCACAGCGGCGAGAAGCCCUUCUCCUGCCAGCGCUGCGGGAAGCGCUUCCGCGAGCAGCGCUUCCUCCUCAACCACCAGCGCACCCACGCCGAGGACCGGCCCGGCACUGCCGCCGAGGUCCAGCCCGGCGGCAGCCGCUCGCCGGAGCCGCCUGAAGCAGCCGGCGGCCCCUUCGCCUGCGCCCAGUGCGGGAAGGGCUUCAGCUGCAGGAGCAGCCUGGCCACCCACCAGCGCAGCCACGGCGGGGAGCGGCCCUUCGCCUGCCCCGACUGCGGCAAGACCUUCAGCCAAAAGGGCUCCCUGAAGAUCCACCGGCGCACCCACGCCGGCGAGACCCCCUUCGCCUGCGCCCAGUGCGGCGAGAGCUUCGCCCAGAAGGUCAACCUCACCGCGCACCAGCGCACCCACGGGGCCGAGACCGCCCUCACGGAAUGACGGCUGCGACUGCCAGAGCGGAGCCGGAUCUCAGCAGCCACCAGCCGCCAGCCACACACCGCCUUUCACAGGGAAGGAGCUGCACCACCACGCUGCCGUGGGCCCCACUGGGGAGAAGAACGUGAAGAGGAGGAGGCAACGGCUUGCCCCGGCUGCGCGGAGAGCCCCCAGUGGUGCAGAAAUCAUGCGAAAUAAAAAUAAAAUAAAACACAAAGCUCGAGGGUGGAGACUGCUUCCCCACCGGCAGCAGCUCCGGCACGGAGGAGUGACUGUGGUGAGGCGGGGGGCUGCACCCCGCUGCAGCAAGGCAGAGACUCCCGGCCCAGGCAGCGCAGAGGUCCCGGUGCGGUGCCAGCAGCGAGGAGCUGAAGGACGACCCGGAGGCAGUGGGGAGCACCUGGCCAGGAAGGUGCGGGGUUGGGGCGGCGGGGAGGACCACGAGUGCCUGGUAGGUGGGAAGGCUCCGCUCCGGAGACAUGCUGACACCAAACCGUGGUGGAGAGCCAGAGCCUGGCUGGGAGAGGUGAGCUGCAGCUGGGAUGGGAAUACUGCCCUUCUCUGCCACGCAGGGCAUGUGCGGCUGCAGGCGGGGACCGGCGCAUGGCACGGUCCUGGCUCCCAGUGUCACCGAUGUCCCGGUUGCUGCCGAAUCUGGAGGGACCUGGGCCGGGGCUCCCUCCUGCAGACCCCCUCCCGCAUCCUCAUGUCACCCCUUGUGUGAUGCCCUGGGCCAGCCACAGGCUCCAGGACAAGUGUCCAGGGUGAGCGUCCCUGCAAGGGGGACAUGUGGCACUUUGCGACACCCUGGCCUUCGCCCCACACAGGCAGCGGCGUCGGCAGCGCUGCCCAUCCCCAGGCAGGAUGCUCCACGUGGGCAACAACAAGCCGGAGCAGCAGAAAUGCAUUUUCCAAACCCAGGGAUGUUUUUCCCCCAAACUUGUCACUCUGCACAGGGCUGUCUCGGCAUGGGCUGCCGGCCGGGCUCAGCUCCGGCGGCUGCGGGUUGCUGGCCAGCGCCGCACUGCCCGCAAGCUUCCCCUCGGCGCCGGACGAGAAGCGAAGCCCCAUGCGGGUGCCUGCACAGGGACCCCCUGCGCUGCCCUGUCCCCCCCGCCGCUUCCAUUGCAGCUGCUGUGUGGAAAUGCAGGUACUUUGAUGUGUAUCAUUAAAUGAAUUAAAGCCUGGAA